UAGCCGAAGUUGGAGCUCGCGCUGCUGUUCCUGGGUGGCGCUGCGUCUCCGCGCUCUUUAAAGUGAUUCUUUUACUGUAAAAGCGAUUAUUUAAGCUCAGAGGAGGAAAAUGGGGGCCUGUAUGGCGCUCUGUUCGCUGGCCAGCUGUGCCUCCUGUCUGUGUGGCUCCGCCCCCUGCCUUCUGUCCGGAUGCUGCCCCAGCACCAACAACUCGACAGUGACGCGCCUUGUCUUCGCCUUCUUCCAGCUGCUGGGCACCCUGGUGUCCAUCAUUAUGAUCCUUCCUGGAAUGGAGUCCCAGCUGAAAAAGAUUCCGGGCUUCUGUGUAGGCGGCACCUCCAUAUGGGGCAUCGAGAACAAGGUGAACUGUGACAUCAUUGUGGGCUACAAGUCUGUAUAUCGCAUGUGCUUCGCCAUGGCCUGCUUCUUCUUCCUCUUCUCGAUCCUCAUGAUCCGCGUUCGCAGCAGCAAGGACCCCCGGGCAGCACUCCAGAACGGCUUCUGGUUCUUCAAGUUCCUCAUCCUGGUGGGAAUAACAGUGGGAGCGUUCUUCAUCCCUGAUGGGACUUUCAACACAGUGUGGUACUAUUUUGGCAUGGUGGGCUCCUUCAUCUUCAUCGUCAUCCAGCUCAUUCUCCUGGUGGACUUUGCGCACACGUGGAACCAGACUUGGCUGCAGAAGGCAGAGGAUGGCAGUCGGAAGUGCUGGUAUGCAGCCCUCCUGUUCUUCACCAUCCUGCUCUACGCUCUGUCCUUCGCUGCCAUGGUACUGUUCUAUGUGUUCUACACGCAGCCUGACGACUGCACUGAGCACAAGGUCUUCAUCAGCCUGAACCUCAUCUUCUGCAUCAUUGUGUCUGUUGUGGCCAUCCUGCCCAAAGUGCAGGAAGCCCAGCCAUACUCUGGACUCCUCCAGGCCUCACUCAUCAGCCUCUACACCAUGUACGUCACGUGGUCCGCCAUGACCAACAACCCCGACAGAAGGUGCAACCCCAGCCUGCUGAGCAUGGUUUCCAACUCCAGCAGCCCAGCACCCACCAGCACUCCAGGACAAGUGCAGUGGUGGGAUGCGCAAGGCAUUGUGGGACUGGUCAUCUUCAUCCUCUGUACUCUGUAUGCCAGCAUCCGCUCCUCGAACAACAGCCAGGUGAACAAGCUGAUGCAGACUGAGGAGGGCACGCAGUUGGCGGCAGACGUAGAGGCCGUACCCGGGGAAGAUGGCGUGAGACGAGCGGUGGACAAUGAGGAGGACGGCGUCACCUACAGCUACUCCUUCUUCCACUUCUGCCUCUUUCUGGCCUCCCUCUACAUCAUGAUGACACUGACCAACUGGUACCAACCCAGUACCUCUUACGAGGCCAUGCUGAGCACCAUGCCUGCUGUCUGGGUGAAGAUCUGCUCCAGCUGGCUGGGCUUGGCGCUCUACCUGUGGACCCUGGUGGCGCCGCUCAUCCUCACCGACCGAGACUUCAGCUGAGCGCUGGGUGGCCAGACACGGUGCCAUGGGACGGUCCGCAUGGUUGGAGAUGUGACACGGAACACGGCACUGCUGAUCACUUCACAACGUCCAGCAUUUCCUUUCCCUACUCAACACUAACUUUUUUUUACCUGAGCUAGAUGCUCUCGCUGAAGUGAGUUUCUUCAGAUUUCUGCAGUUCAUCCGUUUCUGGUGGACUUUGUUCCCCAGACACACCCAGCUAAUCAAACUUUGUGGGUUAAAUUAGAAUUUCAGCUUUGUACUUUUUUCUUACUAUGAGAAGUUGGGAAAAUUCUUUUGCACAGAGAAGUCGAUAGUUUGAGCUUCCUUAUGUAUGAGCACUGCUGUGGUGUUUCUGCAGUGAAAUGCAGCCAGAGUGCACUGUGCUCCCCCUUGGCUGUGCCCAUCUCAGGCCUGUGCUUGUCACACUCUUGUUCUCACUUCGCGUGCACUAAUCAAUAUAGUCAUGACAGUGUGAAGGCGCAGCCAGGCUGCGCAGCAUGUUCUGUGACCAUCGACUCGCCAUGAGCAGAAGGAAGCUGUCACUCACUGUGACACGACGAUCAUGUAGGAAUGGAGGGGCACGGUGUCACGGGGGAAGCCGAUGUAAAUCGGAGAAGUUUUAGUUCAGAAAUGAUUUUCAAAGAAAGAGCCUAUCUAAUAAUCGUUCGCUACGUGUGCCGUCUUAUACUCUUGUAAAAGUAAUGGUAUCCAUGUACUUUCAAUCAUUUUCUGAUUGUACUUUUAUAUCUUCAAAAUUGAUGGAAGUCUGCUUUUUAAUCCAAUAAAGAAAUGAUGGUUAUGUGUUCAGUA